AUGAAUUACGGCCAGUCGGAAAUGGAUGAGAAGAAAGAUGAUACGACGAUGGGGCAUGUUGAGUAUGCUGCAAACAAAGAGGCUGUUCCUGAUUCUUUGCUCAAGUCAAUUGAAGAUACCAAGACUGGUUACUAUACAUGGCUUGUUUCCACAACAUUGCUGUCGGUGGAUUUCUGUUUGGUAAUUGUUUUAGGCGAUGAUCUAGGACAUGCUCUUGAUUCCAGCAAGAAAGAACUGAUUACAUCCAUCACAUCUGGAGGGGCGUUUGGUCUUGACAACAUGUCCAUCACCGGUGGAUCUUUGGUGGCGUGCAGCGUUUGAGAAGGAUUGGCGAAUACGAUGGAGAAGACAGGGUUGUGUGUGGUGUUCGGGAUGAAAACUAUCGCUAUUCGGCUGAGGGCCCUCUACUACAAGAUCUGGUUCACUCAUUAUAGCAUCGUCUAGGAGCUACAGCAACCAUUUUCUAAAUUUAUGUAUCACUACCUUAAAGUUCACUUCAGCAAAAUAAAAUAGGACCAAGUACCUAGACG